AUGGCAUUUUUUCCAAUCGAUCACUAUCGAGGAUCCACCGAUCCCACAGAUCGUUACUUCGGCAAUCAAUUGCAUCUCUUCGAUCCCUGGUGUGACGUAGAUACGUUGUCAGCAGAAUCGGAUAAGGUACCUGUAUCGUUUCGCUGGGUUAAUCGACCACGACGUUUCACUCGCACAUCGAGCCUCGGUGAUCAAAAUCAACAUUACAAACAUUCCGGUCAAUCAGAGAAAUUUCAUGUGCAAUUGAAUGUGGCUGACUUCAAUCCAGAUUCGAUCAAGACACAUGUCGAAGGUCAAAAUGUAAUCGUCGAAGCUAAACAAGAAGAUCGACAGCCCAAUGGCGACUUUCACGUUCGAGAACUACGCAAAACCUACGAGUUGCCAGAACAUGCUAAUGCGCGUCACGUGGUCUCGUUCAUCACUCCGCAACACAUAUUGGUCAUUGAAGCACCGAUUCGAAAUCCUGAAAGAGAACGAGAACUGGCUGAAGUCGAGAGUAGCGAACAGAAUCUGGCUCAGUUCGGUAAACAUCUUGAUCCUCAGUUUGAUUAUGGUGCUUUUCUCGGUGGUCCCUUCAAACCACACAUUAUCGACAACAAUGAACAACAAUUUGAUCGUUCAAUCCGAAAACAAACCGAAGGAUCCGAAUAA